ACGUCAUCUGCCCCGCGCCGCCGCCCCGCCCAGCUCCCGGCCUUCGGUCCCGCUGCGCCGCUCUGCUGACCGUCGCCCGCCGUCGCCAAAAUGUCUGCAAGUGUACCUGCAGGUUCAAGUGCUGCCUCUGGCAGCAACCGAAGACUUCAGCAGACACAAAAUCAAGUAGAUGAGGUGGUGGACAUCAUGAGAGUCAAUGUGGACAAGGUGUUGGAAAGAGAUCAGAAGCUCUCGGAGUUAGACGAUCGUGCAGAUGCACUGCAGGCAGGAGCGUCCCAGUUUGAAACAAGUGCUGCCAAGUUGAAGAGAAAAUACUGGUGGAAGAAUUGCAAGAUGUGGGCGAUAGGGAUUGUCGUUGUGGUCAUCAUCAUCAUCAUCAUCAUCGUGUGGAAUGUUUCCCCGUGAAGAACCAGUGCAGCCCCAGCCUGCCAUUCAAGAAAGCUCUUCAAGACAUUUGACUUAGAACCUGCUAUAUUCUCGAGCUCGCCUACUGUUCUGUCUAAACUGAUUAUUUUCUGUUUGUUACCGUAAAGUUUAAUUUCUAGGCAACGUGCCUUUGUAAUGUCAUAAGCACUCCAAACUUGAAGUGCAGCCGCCCGGCCCACACCUGGCCCGGCGCCUUCACAGAUUGCCACGCGGCUGACGAAGAGGAUCUCUUAACUUCCCGAGUGUCAUCACCUCGAAGUCAUGUUGUCUUGAUGCAUUGGUGUUAAUUCCAGUUAAGGGAAUUUGUUCCAAGUUAGCUAUCCUUGCCGUCUGACAUCUUCAGAACCACAUUCUAAACUUUUAGGUAAUCAGAUUUCCAGUUUGUGCCUUCCAGAAAGAACACUACUGCCUAACGCAGAUCUGUAACCAUAACAGGUUGUGCCUUAUUUUGCUCUUUUUCUGAUUCCCUAGAAGAGAACUCUCUACUGUUGAUAAGCACUACUGACUCUCGCGCUGUAUUUAAAAUAAGAUAUGGAUAAAGAGUUUUGGCUUUUACAUUAGAUAUGAAGAUGUUUACUUUCUUGUUAACUGUUUUUGUAUCACUUGCUAAAAAAUAUUAUUUUAAUCAGACAUAAUAGCCUCUUUAAAACAUUUUUAUAGAACUAUGGCUAUGACCAAAGUUUCUAUUUUGCCAAAAAGUUGAAUGCCCUUAAGUCUGUUCCCAACAGAUAAAUUCAAAAAAGUGACAAAUGGAACUUAAGGUGCCCUUCAGAAUUAAAAUUGUAAUCUUGUCUGUGAACCCUCUACAUCCUAACAGGCCUUUCUUGCCUUUGGAGUGCUGUGGGUGGUGCAGCUCCCCCUCUGAUUCAGCAUUUCUCCCACGGGUGAGGGAAGGUUUAAGCUAGACUCUGACCAUCUCAUCCCUGGAGACUGAGUUCUACCCGGCAGUUCACAAAAUGUCAGCUGUGGACUCCAGUAGGUCUCUAAUAAUUACGUGAGCAACAAUUCUGCAGCCUUCAAGUGAGACCAUCUGUGAACUGGUCCUUAACUGGCCCAUUCCCCAUAGACGAUAGUCUUUGGGAGUUUGUUUCCUAUUUUUAUUCAUAUUCCACUUCCUAAAUCUGUCUUCUAAAUUAUGCUUUCAAUUGGGCAUUGGUCAGGGGUGGAUGACUCUUCCUGGAGGAUAGCUAACCAGAGACCCUUUCUUUCUUCAGCGUCAUAGACUGCACAAGAUGCUGCUUCGGAAAUAGCUUUGUCAUGAGAGACUUGUUGUGUAUGUGAGAUGUGCAUCAUCAGGGCGGGUGGCUCAAGGAUGGGAAUUCAGGUAGGCAUGCAAGCAGGCAGGGAGGCGCUGAGGGACAAAUGCAGAGGUAUUACUACUCUGGCCCAUGGUUACUGGAGGAUUCCAAAAUUCCUGUUCACAUGCUAGCAUGGGACUUACAAAGCAACAACAGUUGAGGGGCACCAGGACACGGACUCCCUUUAAUAUCUGUUCCCCUGGCCUCACUGAGAUGCUACAGUGUUGAAGACACGCCCUGCAGGAUGCCCAGCUGUGAGAAGGAAGCAGCGGGGUCAGUGUGGGGCGGGCCGUGAGCCCACCCCUCCGCUCAGGGGCUCUCGCCGGGUCUGACUCUGAAACCUUGGUGCUCCCUCCUUGCCUCGUGCCGAGUCCCAUGUAACCCACUGGCUCCUGCAUUAACCCAGGGGCACCUCGCUUGUAUCUGUGCAUUUAGCUGGGAACUUACCCACUAUAAUGAACUGAAUAAACUGUUUAUAAAUGGAA